AUGGUGCUCCAGGCGGGCAGGGAGGAAUACAUGCUAGGUGGGGCAGGCAGAAUUGUUGAGAUGGAUGAAGGCAAGUUUGGAAAGCGAAAAGACAACAGAGGGCGUUGCGUCAAUGCUGAUUGGGUAUUCGGAAUGGUGGAACGUGGUGGCGAAAGGAAGAUGGCCCUUGCUGUUGUUCCAAACAGGAAAGCCGACACUCUGCUUCCUCUAAUUACAGCUUUUGUUCUCCCAGGAACAACAAUUCACACUGACAUGCAUGGUGGCUACAACAAGAUAGAGGAACAGGAGGGCUACGGCUACACGCACAAGAGACUUUGCCAUAAAUAUGAGUUCGUAGCACAGGAUGGAACUCACACCCAAACGAUUGAAGGAAACUGGAGAGUCCUCAAGAAAAAUGUUCCAGAGAGCAAGCGGGAGGGCAGCGAUCUGCAGGAGUACCUUUAUGAGUGCAUGUGGAGGCGAAAGCACACAAACGACCUUUGGGCUUCCUUCAUGGUGGGUCUAGCGAGCCUUCGGUACAGACCGGCAGAUAUCGAUCGUCUUUGGGACUACCGAGAAUUGGUUGACGACCCGGACAAUUGGGAUCCGGAGGAUGACAGUGAUUCCAGCGACGACUGUAGCCUUUCAGCUGACUCUAGUGUUAGUGAGAUCAGUGUCAGCGACCCAUCAUCCGACUACAUGGUGAUCUAG